AUGGCGCAGGCCAUGACUCAACGCCAGGCAGUGGUUACCAAGACCAGGUUGACUCAGAAGCAGAGCACCGAGACAGUUCAAGUCAUGCUCUAUACCUCGGUCAGUACAGCUGCCAAUUCAUUAGGAAUAUUCCCUCCUCUGGCUUUCGAUACGGUUGAAUUUGCAGAAGACGACGAGCUCUACGACUUCAAAGGUCUCAUGAACAACGAACACCCUCGCCGAGCACAGCCAUCCUCACCAUCCAGCACUUCGACGAGAUCGUCCGAUACCACGAGCUUGAAUGUUCCGCUGCUUAAAAGAGGUCGAAGCGUCCGUGUUGACCAGUUCCUCGAUUCUCUCAACACAGCAUUUGAAGCAUUGCAUCGAGGAACGCUACAUGCACUACGAAUCCCUUUCAUGGGCGAUCCUGAUGUUGAGUCAAACUCUCUCGAACUUUGGUCUUUUCGCAUCAUGUACCAUAAGUCCGCUGGAGGCGAACGUGAGGUGCAAAGUCUUGAGGCUAGUCUGGGGAACGAGGAAGUGUAUGAUCCGAGCCUUGACAUUCAUGGCUCCGUCAUCAGCCUGCUCCGUAGGGUGUAUGAUCAAUGUGGAGAACUACCACAGUUGCCGGAUGACUGCUAUAUUCAGCCCAGUAUAUUGUACACGCAGGACGGAUGGGAGCCAAAGGGCUAUGUGGAAACACAAUCUAAGCCAUCUGUACAAGGAUUUGCUGGUUGGCAACCCUACGCAGCUGAUUUGGGCCUCAUCGGCGGACAUCAUCACGACACUCGACGCAUCUCUCAAGAUCUUCGAUCUCGCAAAUCAGCGAAUGAUCAAGCAGGCCAGUCUUCCACCGGGAAGCCGUCACUCUCCGACGAACCUCACCACCUGCAAUUUAGAGCAUCCUCGCCUGUUCAGCGUAGAGCAACCUCUGCCGCCUCGGACAUACCAGAGACACCCCAGCGUGAGACUCCGUAUGACAAAGACAGAAUCUCGCGUUCAGAUCCUACGGCUACAGCUCCUGUCUUUCCGGAGCAACCAACACGGUCGAACGUCUCGAGUGCAUCGCAGCUUGAAGAAGACAUGCGGCGCAGGAGCUCGCUGGAUAACAUGCUCAUGCCUAGCUCACAGCGCGAAGACAACAUUGAGACCCAAGUCAGAUUGAACCCCAGCCAGAUACAGAACGAGAACGGUGCUGAUGACGAGUUGGCUGAUCAUCUGAACGCCUACAAUUUUCUUACUAGCGAAACAGCAUAUCGUCUGUGGGGUGUGGCCUGCGAGCUUCAGAAACAGCCUAACAUUACAUUUGUGAACGCGUCCAUCACGAGUUGCUGCUGCCAGCUUCACGACGUGACGGAAGAGAUGAUUCAGUGCAGUAUUUGCAGUGUGCAACAACACUCUAUCUGUCAAGGCUAUCUAGAGGGUGACAAUCGACAACCUCCGCAACACGUUUGUCACCUCUGUUUGUUUGGCCGCAUGGUGGAUAGAGCUACUCUUGCAAGACUUCGCGAGGUGGCCUUGGAGCGGAGAGCAAUGGACCUGCUUCUCUUGAAAGACGUCGACAGCGCAGUGGACUUGAGUAGAAAGCUGGACAUGCAGUUUGACAAGGUCGCAAGCCUGGUCACGUCUUUGGUUUCACGAGGUCUUGUUGUGGAACAGGGCGGGCGACGUUCCACACGAAACUCGCCAGGCACGAUAACCUUCCCGAAGGUGGUCAGCACACCGGAGUACAUCAGUUCUCUUGCAAGGCUCUUUGAUCCAUACCAAGUUGUGGGACAUCAUUUUUCCGAUGUUGCAGUGUCGGACGACUCGGCUACAGAUGUAAGGAAGGCUUUGAGGGCAAGAUAUCCGAUGCUUGCACCUCCCAGAAGAGAGACUCUUAGUGUCUCGCCAGAGCGAAAGAGAGCCAUGACCGUGAAUGCGAGCAAGAAGAUGACUCCGGCAACGAAGAAAAGAGCAAUGACCAGCCAGCCAGAAGAACUUGGUAUGAACGAGCAAGCAACACCAAUCCGUCGGUCAUUGAGAAUCAGGACGCCCACGCCUAAGAUGGCUGAGGCCAAAUUCGGGUUCUUCAUCAACACCAAGGCUCUUCCUUCUAGGGAAAAAUCAGGCAUAAAGUCGAAGCGAUUCAAGGGCGACUUAUAA